AGGAGCAUAAAUAACAACCAAACACGCUUCCACACCCUUUAGUUUCCUAGAAUUUGUUUAGCCUUCCUGAUAUGCAAACGUAUGAAGAGAGAACACUGGGAGGAACCUCGCCGAGGCCGGGAGUUCGGAGACGCCUGAUGGAGGACUAAUGACCUGAGUCUCAACAGCACCAGGCCAGAUUCACAAUGAGCAAGGCAGGUGAGGAUGAAGGUGUACCUGCUGGUCAAAGUCCUCCUCCUCCGCUGCUGGAGGGCUCAGCUGCAGGAGCAAAGGCACUGAGCAAGCUCAGCACCGUCUCCUCGUUGCCGGGCUGGACCAAGGUCAGCUGCCCCUGCUGCGCCUCGGAGCAGGUGGAGCCGCUGGUUCUGGUGAUGCUCGGGGAGAAGGUGGGCCCAGACACAAAACGCUGGCUCAUCAAACUGAUUGGAACUCCUAAGAAAGAUGGAGGUGCUGGUUUACUGGCCCACCCCGGGAAAGACGCCACCGGUGACAUCAUCAUGGUGUCGGCACAGCGCUGUACGUUACUGAGAGCCGCCGAGGAGCUGGGUCUUUGUAGGACGUACCGCAGCGGAGACAUGGAAGUGUUUUCCUACGGCGACAGAGACAACUUUAAAGAUUCAGGAAACAUGGAGGCGUUUCUGACCUCAGCAGAGCGACAGUUCAUAGUGAAGAAUGAGCUGGAUGGUCUCCGAGCUCAGAAGGACCUGAGGGUGCCGGGCCUUCCCGACAACUUCACGCUGAGGAACCGAGACAACAUCUGGAGGAAGCUGGAAUCCGUCGGUGUGAUUGUCAACACCUUUCCUCUCCACAACCCAAACAAGCUGAAGAACCUCGGUGAAGCCUGGUACUCUGGGUAUCAGCUGAUUCAGCCGCUGGACAGAGUCAACGAGUAUUUUGGAAGCUCUGUGGCGUUCUACUUCAGCUUCCUGGAUUUCUAUACCUGGUCUCUGGUUCCACCUGCAAUGAUGGGGCUGUUCAUCGCAUACUCCUCAGGUGAUGAUCAGAAGGAGAUUCCAGAGGCAGGUUCUCAGGUGGGAGAAAUCCAGGAGGACUCAGGAUUUGUAAUCAGCGGUCACAUGAUCCUGGCGGUGUUCAGCAUGCUCUGGUCUACGGUGGUUAUGGAGAUGUGGAAGCGCCGGAGCGCGUCCCUGUCCUACCGCUGGGGGACCCUGAACCUCGCUGAACGCUUUGCGGAGCCUCGGCCCGGCUACCGCGGUGAACUCGGGACGAACCCGGUGACCGGUCGUGUGGAGCCGCUGUUCCCUGAAUGGCAGCGGGGCCUGCGGAUGGCGCUGAUGUCGGUCCCGGUGGUGGGGCUGUUUUUAGGACUGGUGGUUCUGGGAAUGAUGUGUUUCUACUGGGGAGAGGCCCGAGUCCAGAAGCUCCACACAGACUGGGACUCUCUGCUGACUCAGACUUUGCUCUACGCGCCCUCGGUGCUCCACAUCGUCUACACAAACAUGCUGGCGACUGUUUACAAUACAGCAGUUCAGUCUCUAACUGAAUACGAGAACCACAGAGAGGAGUCGGCCCACCAGAACCACCUGACAGCCAAAGUUCUAGUGUUUACCUUCUUCAACUACUUUGCAGUCCUGUUCCACAUCGCCUUCUUUAAGCGGGAUGUGCCGCUGCUUCGAAAGCGUUUAGCAUCUUUGCUGAUCGUGUCCCAGCUGGUGAACCAGACCACAGAGAUAGUCAUACCGUACCUGGUGGACAGAUAUGUCAGCUCCCCGAACAGGAACGAGAAAGAAGAUGGCUCAGAGGAGGACAAAUUUAGGAACCAAGGCAUGAUGCCUCCUUUUCCUGGCCUGUUUGCAGAAUACAUAGAGCUCCUGGUGCAGUUUGGGUACUUGAGUCUUUUCUCCUGCGUGUUUCCUCUGACUGCUGUUCUGCUGCUCCUCAACAACCUAACAGAGAUCCGGUCGGACGCCUACAAGAUUUGCAAACUCUUCCGUAAACCCUUCUCCCCCCCAGUGGGUGAUAUGGGCGUGUGGCAGAUCGCCUUUGAGGUCCUGAGCUUCGUCUCCGUGGUGUCCAACUGCUGGCUGCUGGUGCUGUCACCGCGGCUACAGGAGAAGUGUCGGCGGGGCGAGAUGAGCAGCACCGACCUUCUGCUGGGAGCCGUUAUCGUGGAGCAUCUACUGAUAUUAGUCAAGGUGAUUAUAGCGGCUCUGAUCCCAGAUGAACCCAACUGGAUCAGAAAAAAGAAGGAGCAGUGGGAGUACAAAUCCAUGCAGGCCCUUCGACAGCAGAAGCUGCAACCUGAAAAGUCCUAACCGCUGCAGGCAGCACAAAAGGCUGUUAGACAGUAAUGGGAAUGUGAACGGUUUAUACGAUUAGACGUGAAACAUGAUUUACGAUUUAAUAAUGGUGAUGGGCAGUGCCAAAAACUAAGUUUCACAACCUGGUGACAAGCUGCAGAUAAUGUUCAUAAUUCACGAGUAGAAGACCGUACCAUUAGUAAAUUUACUUUCAUAGUGCAGGAAAACAGAAAGCUGACUUCAGGACUUUUUGCUGAGGGAUGUCAAAGUGCUUUAAAGGGUUUUUGUAAAAGUUUUCAUUAUGUUCUUAAUAAAUAUUGAUGCAUGUAAAUCUAA